AAUAUGCAACCUUUGUGGAACUCCAGAGAUAGACGAAAAUACGAAUGGUUGGAUCAUGGGAAAACAAGUGGCUUAUUGCUAUUCAUGCGAACGGAAAACAAACCUUUCAAAACGAAAGUUGAUUAUUGAUGGGGCUGUACCUCGUGAUAAAACUGAUAAUUUGGAAACGCAGACUCUUGUCACAGAUAAUCGCACCAAAAGUGUGAAAGAUUCAUUUCUUACCAGUGAUCUUAAUGAUGAUCUCGAUUCAUCAGCAAGUGAAGAUGAUCCCAUCAUACCACAGGAGGAGUGCAAAAAGAAGAAAAGAGGUAGAAAGGCUAAAUGGAGCCAAUCAAUACUUGAUGAUCUGGUAGACAUAAUCAUUUCAAGUGAGCAGUAUAAAAAGAAAUUGAUUUUUACCAAUCAAAAAAACCAAAGAAAUGGUGAUAUUUAUGAAAAAGUGCUUGCAGAGCUAAAGAAACGUGUUGAAUCAAGGGGAGAAGAAGUGCCAUUUAAUAGUAACCAAGUUCGAACAAAAUUCAAAAAAUGUGUUUCAGAAUGUAAAAGUGUAGCCCUAACAAUCAAAACUGCUACUGGAAUCGACAGAUUUAUUGAGCAAAAGGACUAUGGAAAAUGGUUUAAUGACUUGUUUGCAAUAGUCAAAACUCGUGAUGCUUGUAGGCCAGAACUUGCAUUGGAACCGUCUGGUUCAGAAGAAAGCUUAACAAUCCUGGAAGAAGAUGAACCUUCAACAUCAAGUUCAUCUGGGAAGAAGGAAAAGUUAGUAAUUAAUAAACGCAGUAGAAAAAGAAGUAAACAGGACAUGGUUAAUGAAACUUUGAAUCUUAUUAAGAGUGCAAUUGAAAAAGAUCCAACAAAGGAGGUGUUGUCCUUUUUAAAGGAAGAGUCUGAAAAAACUCGAGAAUAUGAGUUAAAGAUGAUGCAAAUGCUCAAUCAAAGCUCAGCUUCAGCUUCUCAACCACCUCAGCAGUACAACAUACAAUAUCCUGAUAGAAACUGCUCAGUUUGGCAAUACAAUGGCCAAUCAACACCAUCAGCUAAUCAAGAAAAUGAAUGGACACAGGGUUUCUUUCAUGCACCACCAUUCAGUUGAAUGCAUAUGUGUACAGUUUACUAGUAUAUGUGCUACAGGUAACUUGUUGUAGUUUGUGUUUGAAGGGUUAAGCAUGCAAGUGUACAUUUUAAACAUGUCACUAGUAGCAUGCAAUAUUGUUUGAUAUUAACUUUAGAAUGAGAUCAGUAUACAUCUAACAAUAACAUUUAUUUGAUAGCCAGUAGAGUAUCAAAGUAUUGUUCUUAUAAUUUUGGCCUUAUAAACA